AUGAGAAAGCGUGUUGGUAUUCCCUUGUUGGUGCUGUUGCUGGCAUCCCUGAGCUUUGUGUGGGCCGUGGUGGCACCCACUCAUCGGAACAUGGCGACCGAAGAGUCCAUGCGAAACUACGACUCUUCUAGUUCCAGUAGCAGCAGUAGAAGUGCAUCGUCCUCUUCCUUCCAUCGCGCCACUCAUAGCUCUUCCGUUUCGAAUGAGAAAGGGAUCAAUCGAGGACGAAGGACUCAAUUUCAGGCCCGACAUGCCCAUGUCACACCGCCCAGACUCAUCAAGCCAGUGGUAACCAGUCUGCUCCUGAUGGUGCCCGACGACAUGGUGCCACGAGCCAUCCGAUGGACCGGUCGACACUUGGAGAUUGCCAGUGUCAGCGCCACCCAUGUCAUGGCGGCCAUGACAGUUGUCAUGAGCUCCAUGGUGGUCGUCAAGAAUCGAUAA